UGAACGUGGUGGUGCACCUGUAAAACACAGGCAGUCAUCAGUAGACAUAGAACAGGCGCUGCAGUAGUUCAUUACAUUGCUAACACUCAUGUGAAAGCCGUGGGAAAGAGGAAAAAAGAUGGUUUCCAAGUAUUUCCAAGUCUCAGGCGUGAGUUGCGUCGGCGAUCACUUCGGAGAGCAUGAUGUUGGCGUUUUCCGUGUCUCCGAAACUCAACUUGGCUGGCGUUCGCAGUUUGACAAUGGGGCAAUCGUAGUAGAUGUCUGCGACAUCAUCGCAGCCAUAUGGAAUCCAGCAGAGACAAGGUUGGAUUUGUAUCAGAGACACACCCAAAACCCUUACAUGCCAUGGAAACGCAAAAGUCUGAAGGAGCAGAGGCUAAGCUUUAGAGGAUUCACAAAUGAGUACCCUAACUUAAACUUUAUUUAAGAGUGCUUUUUAUUUACUCGCCUCCUUUUUUUGGAAAUUUAAGCGAUAAAGAUGUGGUGCGCUUUUUGCAGCAGCAUCGGGCUACCCAAGAACUACGCAUUAGAUGCAAUCAAUAGACUAGCAUACUCUGCAACCUAGAUCGCACGACCCCAUCUACAACAUCCAAACUAACAGGAGCGUGGAAGACUUGGCUUUCUUUCUCUCUGCGUGGUUCAAUUUGACAUUGCGCUAUCCUGAUAUGUCGGCAGUAUUUCAGUUCCAGCCUCCAAGAAACAACAAUAGAAGGCAGAGGGAUCGAGGAGUGCUCAAAGAGGGCUGGGUCUACAAGCGGAGCAGGUUUCUGCGAGUUUGGAGGAAACGAUGGUACAACUUGUUGCGAAUCUUCUAUCCUCAUCAAUGUUAGGCUUAAAGCUAGAUAGAAUUUGUGACGAUCAUCUCAUUACCUUUGCUACGCGAACCGCGGCCACACUCUCAUUUAUACCAACACCCACGAGGUUCGUCCUCUGUUUAGACGGCACACUGUGCAGUUUCGAGAGUCCGCACAAUCUGAUCACGCAAUCUCCUACCGAACAGUGGGCCAUCUACGAUAUAUUGGAUGCAUACUACGCUGGGACUGAAGAAACCCCGGGAACUACUACGUAUUUGAGCGCUCCUGAUAGAACUACUUCUAGGAGUUGUGGGGUGACUAGAGAUGCUCCAGGAGAAUGCAACCUUGAAGAUGCCAAUCGCUCGGUUCCCAGUAGGGGCUCUUCUCGUGGCAGUAGUCCCACUUCAUCUGCAGGUGGAACAAAUGUCACCAAUCCAAAUCCUCAACGCAUCGUGAAUCAGCAUCUACGCCUAUCUCCACGAAUUCAAAGCACGAAACUGUCUAUGGCAGACGACGUUGUCUCUUUGAGUGCUACAGCGCUUUCGACUAGGGCGCCCACAUCUUCGUUAGGGGACGAAUACGAAGCUAGCACAGCGGAUUGGGCGGCAUCUUCUUCUCAAUAUGCCGGAGGAGGGGCAGCCUCAUCUUCAGGUACGAAUUCUCCAACCCCAGCUGGUUUGGCGAGCUUGCAGCGGUCUUCAGCCUCAACAGUCCGUGGCCGCAAUGGCGUCCUUGGCGCAACACAUAAUGAGACCAGUAGAGGAGCUAUCUUCGACAUACCAGAGGUUGUCAUCCAAGUAAGACACAGGAAAAUCCAUGCUACGCCACUGGAGCAGGAGAGUUCGUAUAUUGGCGCUAGCAGUAUAAGCCUAGGUGGUGAGCAACAGCCAGAAUUCAGUUUAGAUUGGGUUCAGGCGAUUAGACUAGCGCGUGAAGAAUACCUGCGGAAACGAGGCGCAACAGCAUCACCCUCGUCUGGGUCUUCGAGACCUCCAUUAAUGGCGGGACCAGCAGGUGGCGUGCUCGGCAUGCCCGCAACUUCUAUGGACCUGCACUCUGCCUCUUCAGCACAGUCUCCACCGGUAUCAGCAGCGCUUGUACCAGGAAGCAGAGACGGGGUAGGGGAGCAUCAAAGAGGCGAUAGUAGUGCCUCGGCGAAUAAUAUGCAGCACAGGAGUAUGAAACGAAAAAGUGCACUCACGCUCAAGAGAUUGGCUAGGAUUUAAGUAGGAAAAUAGCCACUUUUAUUGAGUGUGAGUGCGCUUUUUUCUUUCAUAAGGAGUCCACUGAUUUUGAGACUAGGUGAAGGCAGUAUGACCAUGCCCACCAGUGGUUUAGGGACCGCGCCUGCUGCUUUAUCAGCAACAAGUUCUUCUUCCGGUGCAGGCCCAUCUGCUUCCCCGUCUGCUGGCGGAACAUUCUUACAACCUCCUGACGCACAACAAUCUGGUGGAGGAAAGAGACGGUCAUGGACGCCGCACGUUUUCCAGAGGAUGUGGAAUUCGGCCUUGGGUCGUAGUGGUUCUGCGGGUGCGACUGAUCCUACAGAAGCGCAUCAACAGUACCCGAUAGCUCAGCAGCAGAACCAAUUAUUGGGUUUUGAGGCACCGGGUGGAGCUCCUGGUGCCAAUCUUCGAGCUGUGAAUCAGAGUUACAGUAAUAGCUACUCUUACGAUCGAGCUGGCGGCAGCCUUGAUCGUGCGAAUAGCAGGCGAUCAGACGGCUAUGCGGAUCCGGUGCCAAUAGAUCCGUCGCCACGAAGUGUAGGUCGUGUACUAGAGGACCAGAACAUAACUGGUGGUCGUGGAGAAGAGCAAUUCAUAGUAGAUUCUGAUUCUAGAAGUGGAAAUAGAAUGAGCUUGCAAUUCGCACAGCAGGACAUCAAUAGCUAUGAAGAUGUUGAUCUCAGGGACUACCAACCGCCAAGCAGAAAUAGUGUUCGGUUGCCACCUCCUCUCCCUUCAAAUCCGGGAGGUAGAGGACGACUUCCUCAACCGCCUUCGCGCGUUGCCGAUAGCGGAGGCGCAUCGAAUUCGUCGAAUACUAGUCCGCAAGACCUCCAGCAUGAUCUUCCAGGAGAGCAGGACCAGAGAAAUUUGAAGCUGUAUGUGAAGGAACCACACCAACAGCUAGGCUCUUUGAUGGGUGUAGGGAUGGGUGCUGCAUCUGAUAGCAGCAGUGCUGGAAAUAGUCCUCAGGAAGCUGAUUCAGGGAGUUCGGUUAGUAGACGAGGCUCAACAGCACGACGAGAGGACAUCGUAUUCGAAUCAAGGAAGAAUCAGUGGACGAAAGACCGAAGAAAUAGCUGGGGCUACGUCGGUGCAGGGACCUCAACAUCGUCGAAGGGAACAACAGGAAGCGGGGGCGGACCUGUGGUGCAGACGCAUCGGGGAGACGUCGGAUAGACAAAGUGUGCGAACGCAAAAGUGCAUGCUUGAUUCGGAUAAUAUGAUUAUGUUAUGAUAUCAUUUUCAUGUUUGUUAACGUUAGAUUUUAGGGCUUUCCACAAGGCAGGGUCACAGUUACUUAUGUCAUAGUGCUUAGACUUUCACAUUUUCGGCAUAGGUUAGGCCAACGUAUAGUUGGGAUCGAUGAUAAACUUUUGAGUUGGUUUUGUUGAUGUAUUUGAUUUUGUACGCGGAAUGAUAGAUAUUAAUGAAAAUCAUCAUUAGAUAUUGCUACUGCUAGGUAAUCACCGAUAUUUGUAUUACUCACUCACCUUCACCAUAUUCUUCAUGUUCUUGUCAUAUGAAAAAAAUGAAGUACAGCUACAGGUCGCAUAAUCUAUUGAUGUGUCUGUGUAAUUCUCGGGCUUGUUUUCUUGAUUCCCUUAGUACAAGAUUUGCGUUUACGAUUCUCUCUCUAGUUCUAGUGCUAACAUCGCUUGAGUUUGACAUUCUCUCUCAACUUUUUUUAAUAUAUUUAUAAGUAAUCGUCUUGACAUCUAAUCUUGAUCGACAUCCAAGAAGAAAGACUCAAAAACCAGCGGAAUCCUCCUCAUUUUCUGCUAGCAGAGUGUGUCGA